AUGGCAAUAGCAACAGCAGAACUUAAACAAUCUGUUAAUUUCUUCCGACAAGCCUCGCGUGUCAGUGUACCUGGCCGAUCAUCUCUGGCUGCGAUUUCACAUGGGAAGCUACAGAAAGAGUCCUUCUCUCCUACCCCCAAUCUCCGUCGCUGUCUGGGCCACCACGGCGUCUACCGCAAGUGUGUACAAGCCGCUCAAGAAGCCGCAAGCCAGCCCGUCCAUGCAUCCUGUGGUGUAAACCGCAGCAAAGCUACUGCCAUUACGGGCAACGCAACAAAGCAUAGAUCCACGCCUCCUCCUAUCCGAUCCCAGAUUACCCAAGCCAUCAAGCAAUGA